CCCAGGCGCCGGGCGCAGCCGGGACGUGACGUGUGGCGCCGUGCGGGCGGACGGGCGCGGCGCUACCGGCAGCGCGCGCUGCGGGCGAGGCGUUUCCCCCCCCCGCGGGGCGGCGGCUAACGGACCGCGGGGCGCGCGCCCGCCCGCCGCGCCGGGAGGCGGCGGCGACAGCAGCAGGAGCAGAGCGGGGCGGCCGCGUCCCCCGUGCCCCCCGCGCCCCCCGCCCCCGAGGCGGCCCGCCCGGGCCCGCGGAGCGAUGAUGGCCGCGGCGGCCGACCUGGAGUCCUCGCUGGAGCUGAGCCUGACGGGCAGCGGCGCGCUCCCCGGCGCGCUGCCCCCCGCCCGCUCCCGCAUCUUCAAGAUAAUCGUCAUCGGGGACUCCAACGUGGGCAAGACGUGCCUCACCUACCGCUUCUGCGCCGGCCGCUUCCCGCAGCGCACCGAGGCCACCAUCGGCGUGGACUUCCGCGAGCGGGCCGUCACCAUCGACGGCGAGCGCAUCAAGAUCCAGCUAUGGGACACAGCAGGCCAGGAGCGCUUCAGAAAGAGCAUGGUGCAGCACUAUUACAGGAAUGUACAUGCUGUUGUGUUUGUAUAUGAUAUGACAAACAUUGCCAGUUUUCACAGUCUGCCGUCAUGGAUAGAGGAAUGCAAACAACACCUUCUUGCCAACGAUAUACCACGGAUUCUUGUUGGAAAUAAGUGUGACCUGAGAAGUGCUAUUCAGGUGCCGACGGACUUGGCCCAGAAGUUUGCUGAUACUCACAGUAUGCCAUUAUUUGAAACCUCUGCCAAAAACCCCAAUGACAAUGACCACGUGGAGGCCAUAUUUAUGACACUGGCUCACAAGCUUAAAAGUCACAAGCCAUUAAUGCUUAGUCAACCCCCAGAUCGCGAUGAAAUACAUAUAAAGCCUGAACCAAAACCUGCCAUGACCUGCUGGUGUUAAAUCAUACUAUUAUCGGCUGUCGUCUUGUCUUGUCUGCAAAUACUUCAAAAUUAUGAUCUUGGCAAAGUUCCAGGUUUUGGUAGCAAUUGUAGUGAAUCUCUUUUGGCACUUUAAUGUGUUUUGUUUUUUUUUUUUUUCUGGUGUAGAUGUGCCCAUCCCAUGUUCUUGCACUUUGUAAUUGUACUUUCUGAAGUGUCACUAUAAAUAUACAGAAAAGUAAACUCUCAAGUGAAGUUUUGACAAAGCAAUUCUACUUGAGAUCUUGCUGCCCGAGAUAGUUUUCAUCACUUGUGGUAAGGUUAUAAAUAGUAAGCCAGUUUACUUACAUUUUUGAUUGCUACUUGCAUUGAAAUAGUGUAGGGGAGAAAGUGUUUUGUGACAGCCAGGUAGCUCGAUGCUUUUGCAUCAGCAAGUGGAGAGAUUUUUAGCAUAUGAAGGAAUAUUCAGUGAUUGCUACCAAAUUGUUAAGCAAAUACCGUUAUAAUUAAAAAAACCCCCAUCAACAAAACCCAGGACUGUCAGAUAAAUUUUGGGCUGUCAGUGUACGUGCAAACUGCUAGCUUUUAGCCUGUCAUUCCACUGUAAACUGUCCGUUUCUUCAUGACUAUGGUAAGAGAAUUGACAAACUUGUCCCUACCUCUAUACCACUUAAAACUUCCUUACUUUUUCAUAAUUAUUACAUAAAACUAAACUAUGCAUACCUUCUUACAGAAAGUACUGUCGCACAGGCUUUGGGGUAAAUUUGGGACUGUAACUGUCCAUAACUUCUCUGACCUUACUAAAACUUCAAUGAGGAUUUGUUUCUAAAGAUGCUGUGUUUGAGUUGAGUGUCCCAGGGUAAGUAAAAACACGUAAGUAAAUAGAAAAUAGAGUGAAGUUGGCGGAAGCAUACUGGUUUUCAAAGACAGGGUUUCAGAGGAUUUUAGUGAUGAUAAAUGCUUCUGAAAUAGCUUGGAAAAAGCUUUUUACAGCCAACUUGGUAACAUAUUUUAGGGAUGGAAAUACUUAGGACGAAUUUUAGGGGUAUGGGACUUCCUUAAAAUACUUCCGAAGACAGAAUGAAUUCGAUCUUGAAAUAUGGAGAAGAUCUGCUAAAUACAUAAUUUAUUACAGAUUUUUGAGCUAAAGCAGGCUUGUGUAAUGUCAUGGCUGUAUGUGAGGCAUCCUUGGUAUUACUAAUGUGAGUUAGUAACGUGUUUGGUCAGAGGCGGGAAAUUACUCUUCUAGAACCAUCUUCCUCUGUGUUCUCAGAACUGCAACCGUUUAUUUCAGUUCUGUCUGAAGGUCAAGUUUCAUAAUAAAAAUGGUGCUAGGUUGCACAUAAUUACAUAAAGCAAAAUGUAAGCUGCAGAAUGCAAUCUACAACUUCAUGUGCCACGUCAAACAAUGUUUUGUGACUUAUUUUUUGAAGGGAUUGAAAUAAUGAAGAAUUGCAAUGUGCAGUGUGCUACGCUGACUGGAAACUAAACAGAAGGGCUAGUUCAGAAGCUGCCACCCUAGUGAUCACAUUAGAAACAAAUUACUGAAACAAGGUAACUAAUAGUAUUUAAACUAUUACAAUUAAUAAGAUGUAAUUCUAUUGCAGGUUGUACUGACAAAAGAAAAACGCAUUGACUUUUUUUGAGAUGUAGAAAGAGCAUUCAGUUUCGUCUAAUAUGAUUAAGUUAUUUAAAAAGAAUCUAAACAAAAUAUAAUAUUUUUUUUUCUGUAUAAAGCUGCUACAGCCAUGACAGUAAUUUUGUUUAGGAAACAUUUGUAAAAGGGAACUUUUGUAUUCAUUCUAAACAUUACAUGACUAGAAUUUGGUUUAUAGUCCUUUCAGCAACAAUCAGCUUUUAACACUAGUGUCCUUAAUGUUUUUUUAAGAAAAGGAUUGAUCUUAAAUUUAUGUGUAUACUAUUGUAAAUAAAUAUGGUUUACAGUCCUCUUGGACAAUUUGUUUUUCACUCAUGUCCUUAGUCCUUCUCCUUCAAAAGGAUCCAUCUUAACUGUUUGUAUAAUAAUUAUCAGCAAAUGUUCUUUUUUUUUUUUAUUAAAAAAACAGAAUGAAGAAUUCUAAAGUCAGUCAGUCAGGUUGGGGGUUGAGGUAAGGAAAUUAUGUCGCUCCAGUGCCAACAUUUGCAAACAUGUUAAGCUUUGAGUUACUCACAACCUGUAAAUAAGGGCCCUCGUCAUGAAAAUUGUGUGGAAACAAUGUUUAAGUAUGUAAUUUCAUCUUCAGCACAAAGCAUGUUUUAAUGGUUCUGCCAUAAAGGUAAUGUGGUCAUUAAUGCAGGAUUCAGUAUGCUUCCUGGCUUUCAGUGGUAAUGUUCUGUCCACAAAAUGGAUGUUAAAAUUACUGAAUACUUUAUAUAUGUAUUUUCACUUUAACAAAUUGUAAAGUUGGGUGAUUUUGUAUGUGUCGGGGGGGAGGGCAAGACACAAUCCCAGAAACCUAAUAAACUGGCUGUGCCACAAACUGUCA